AUGCUCCCCAAAGCCUUGAUGCUGGCGGCCGCGGCCGGCCUGAGUCUGGCCAGCCCGGUGCGGCGACGGGAGGUGCCGUCGACACACCAGCUGCAUGAGCGCCAUGCAGAACACUGGUCGUCGGCGUGGACGAAGCGGUCCAAGGUAUCAUCGGGCAAGGUCUUGCCGAUGCGGAUUGGCCUGACACAGAGCAAUCUCGGGGCCGGCCACGACAGGCUGAUGGAAAUCUCCACGCCUGGUUCGGCCCUCUACGGCAAGCACAUGUCGGCCGAAGAGGUGGCCGACUUUUUUGCGCCGGCGCCGUCGGCCGUCAGCGCGGUCCACGAAUGGCUGACGGGCCACGGCAUUGCCGCUGAGCGCAUCGGGCAGUCUGCAAACAAGCAGUGGCUGCAGUUCGACGCCACGGUUGAGGAGGCCGAGGACCUGCUGCUCGCCGAGUUCUUUAUGUGGGAACACACCGAGACGGGUGCUCACGACAUCUCGACGGAGGAGUACCACCUGCCGGAACGUAUCCGCGAGCAUGUGGACUACGUGACGCCGGGCGUGCGUCUUCGGACGAAGCGGGAGGCCCGCAUGCAGGAGGUGCAGAAGCGCAGCGCGUACGACAACCACCCGCGGCCGGACAUUGUGAAGUUGCCGGGUUUCCCGCACCCGAACUCGAGCACGUGCUCUCUCUACGUCACCAAGGAGUGCACACAGAACCAGUACAAGAUCCCUAACGCCACGUUGGCAGCGGAAGGCAACCAGAUCGGCAUCUACGAGAGUCUCGAUGUGCACUACAGCCGCGCGGACCUCGACGUCUACUUCAGCCACCUGUACCCACACAUCCCGAACGGCACAUACCCGGAGGAGCGGUUGAUUGACGGCGCCAUCGGGGCGAUUGAGGACACGACGGAGUUUGUGCCCAGUGAACUCGAGGCGCCGCUCGACUUUGAUUCGGCGUGGCCGCUGAUCUAUCCGCAGGGGGCUGUGCUGUUCCAGGACAACGACGAGUACUACGAAUCGACCAACGACUACAACGGGUUCUGGAACACGUUCCUGGACGCGAUCGACGGCAGCUACUGCACAUACUCGGCGUACGGUGAGACGGGCGACUGCACGGAGGAGGCAUGCCGGGACCCGUCGUACCCCGACCUGAACCCGGGCGGCUACACGGGCCAGCUGCAGUGUGGCGUGUAUAAGCCGACGAAUGUGAUCAGCAUCAGCUACGGGGCGACGGAGGCACAGCUGCCGGACUACUACCUUAAGCGGCAGUGCAACGAGUGGAUGAAGCUAGGGCUGCAGGGCACAACCGUGGUCAUGUCGAGCGGUGAUUCGGGUGUGGGCGGCAAGGUGUGCAACGGGGAUUCAGGCAAGAUCUUCGACCCUAGCUUCGCAGCUACGUGUCCGUACGUGCUGGCCGUCGGCAGUACCGAAUGGGACCGUCAGGCCAACGCGACCGGGAAGGAGCAGCCGUACGAGCCGCUCACUGAGGUGGCCACAGCGCGCUUCGCCAGCGGUGGUGGUUUCAGCAACGUCUUUGGUAUCCCCGAUUACCAGCGCGAUGCCGUCAGCGCCUACUUUGACCAGGUCGAGAGCAGCCUGCCGUUCCAGGGUUACCACCACUACGUCUCCGACGGCAACUUCUCUUCCGUCACUGGCGGCCUCUACCACCACGGCGGCCGCGCCUUUCCCGACGUUGCUGCCGUGGGCGACCGCCAGGUCGUCUACUCCAACGGCUCCUGGUGGUUGGUAGGCGGCACCAGCCUGGCGGCGCCUGUCUUCGCGGCUGUGCUGAACCUCGUCAACGAGGAGCGCAUUGCCGACGGCAAGAGCACGCUCGGCUUCAUCCACCCGAUCCUGUACCAGCAUCCUGAGGUCUUCACCGACAUUACCGUCGGCAGCAACCCUGGCUGCAACACCACCGGCUUUCCCACGGCCAAGGGCUGGGACCCCGUCACUGGUCUUGGGUCGCCCAUCUUCCCGAAGCUUCUAGAGGUGCUGAGCAGUGCAUAG